AUGGACAAGAUCCGUCUCGCCAAGGUGUCAAAGGUGCUCGGCCGAACCGGCAGCCAGGGCCAGUGUACCCAGGUGCGCGUGGAGUUCCUCGACGAGUCCAACCGCUCCAUCAUCCGCAACGUCAAGGGCCCCGUCCGCGAGGGCGACAUCCUCACGCUGCUCGAGUCGGAGCGAGAAGCCAGAAGACUUCGCUGA